AUGAAUGAAAAUAUCUUCCAAUUUCGGGUACAAGGACAGAAAAGGCCGAAUAUUAUCGAGAUUGAAUUGGUGUUGAUAACUAAAUCAAAAUACUCGGAAUGUUCCAGUAUGCUUUUAUUGAUCAGGUGGGAGUCUGCUUACGAUUGUCGAUCGGAGAAUUGUCUAGACUACGACAAUAAGGAAUAUAUACCACUACUUGAUAGAUUCCUACUGAGUGGUGUAACAGUUAACGAUACUGUUUACCUUAGACGGGAUGACUGUUGUAAAGAAGAUGAGAAUCAGGGGACGAUUUCAUACUCACUACCAACAGCUGAUGUGCACACUGCCAGUGGCCCAGUGAUUAUCCAUGGCCCAGAUUUGAUAAAUGGUUACCAAGAUGAUGAUUUCUUUCUGGGUGUCAUUACUAAUGUGCACAAUAAGCAGGGAACGAUGUAUACAUGGUUCCAUAACGGGAGUCCCAUUCACUUCGGAGAGUUCUUGUCAAUGAUGAACCAGGAAUAUAUUAUUGUAAACUCAGUUACAAUGGAAUUGAACUUGUAUCUUCUUCUGUGAAUAUUGUGACCAAUACACCAAACCAAAAUAAAGAAACGUCCCAUAAUCAUGCUAAAGAGUUCAGCAAUUCCAUAGCAACGGGAGAGUCCAGCACAAAACUUGAAAGUCAUAAAAAAUAUCCUGCCUCCGUUUCUAUUACCUUCUCUAGUGAAAUGUGGCAAACUGGCUAUACCUCAUAA